AUGUCUUCCAAAGAACAACAAUUGGUUCGAGAGGCCGAAAACCUUAGACGGACAGCCGUCGUUGGAGUUACUGUUAGUAUUGUCGCAACAUUAGUAGCCAUCGUCGCUGUUCCAUCUCUCUAUAACUACAUGCAGCAUGUUCAAUCUCAACUAGAGACUGAAGUUGACUUCUGUGUUCAUCGUUCAAAUGGACUUCACAAACAAUACGAAAUCGUAGCCGAAGCUAAGGGAGAACAAGUCAAGAUUUUGGACAAGCGCUCAGUUUCCAGCAAACACUUUGGUGUUAGCCACAGAGUAGCUAAGAAGGCCCGUCGAUCUCGUCAAGCUCAAUGCUGCUCAUGUGGAAGUGGUGCCCCAGGAGCUGCUGGUCCUCCUGGAACAGACGGACACCCUGGAAGAGACGGAAAGCCAGGAAAUCCUGGAAGAUCCGGAGCUGAUUCUAACGAUGAUUCUCGCGAACAAGCAGAACCAUGCUUCACUUGCCCAGAUGCUCCAGCUGGUCCACCAGGACAACCAGGACCAAAGGGAAGAAAUGGAAACCCAGGAUCAGACGGUCAACCAGGACAGCCAGGAGUGAGAGGACUUCCAGGAUCAAAGGGACCAAUCGGACCACGAGGAGAAGAUGGACAUCCCGGACAAUCUGGACAGAGAGGUCAAGAUGGUACUGUUGUAGAUCGUCCAGGACCUCCAGGACACAGUGGACCACCAGGACCCCCAGGUCAACCAGGAGCCCCAGGAUCACCUGGAUCUGAUGGACAACCUGGAUUAGAUGGAGAACAAGGACCUGCUGGAGAUGCUGGUUCAGAUGGUGAGCCAGGAUCAGCUGGAGAGAAUGGUCUUCCAGGAAACGAUGGUACUCCAGGAGGCAACGGAGGAUGUGAUCAUUGCCCACCUCCCAGAACUGCUCCAGGAUACAGAAUCUAA